AUGGGGUCUCGCUACGAGGUGGAGGUGACCAUGGGCUCGGCCCGGGAUCUCAAGAACGUCAACUGGCGCCACGACUCCGGCGUUCGCUGCUCCACCCGCAUCGACCUCGACGGCGGCGAGAACUCCACCCGGGAUGAGAAGAUCCUCAUCCUGCUCCCGCCCGCCUCCCGCCUCGAGGACGCCGUCUACGCCUCCCACACCGCUCCGCAACUGCCGCCGCCGCCGGCGUCGAGGCAUGCCGCAUGCGGCCACGCGCCGGGCUCCGAGCACCCGGCUCUGUUCGACUUCCUCGGCGACAUCAACAGGACGAGAACGAUACGGCGGACGCCGGAGCCUUUGACAGCUUUGUUCUCCUAA